AUGCCGGCGCCCGUUCUCGUAGGAGCUACUCCGCGCCCGGCGCCCAUCCCCCGCCGGAGCUACACCCGCCCGAUGCUAGUCCCCGCAGGCGACGCUAAGCCCGGCAUCGACUCGCCACGCCUGGCAGCACCCGCUCGUCUAGAAGAAACCAGACUCCACGCGUCCUAUGGAAUCUGCCGUCGCAAACUUAUCUCCACAUUUUCUCGUCACAUAACAAUCCAAUCUCCCCUAAGACACGCCGCCGCUGCCGCCAGGAUCCUCCCCCUGCGCAUCUCCCGCACACCCCACCACCUCUGCACGCCGGCGGAUCUCGCGCUCCACCGGCGGCCGCCGUCGCUCCAGCACCGACGGCCACUCUCGGCCCUUUUUUUCUUCUGGUUUUUCAGAUCAGAUCGGCUCUGUCACUCCUCCCGCUCGAGGCCGCCGUCGCAAGCUCGAGCACCGCCUUCGCUGCCCCCUCCCCCUCCAAAUCAGACACGGGGCGGUCUCGCGCGCGAGCACGGCGUCGCCCACGGCCCGCAGCCCCGGAGCAACAUGUCGACGCUCGCACUUCGCAGGAACCAGGAGCCCCACGACUGCUUCCCUUUCUUCAGCUCGCUGCCGAGCGUCUCCGGCCAAGCCGCGCACCGAGAGACGGCCAUGGCCGCCCGAUGCCCGAGCGCCAUCGGCCAAGGACCCGCCGGCGUCCAGACCCCCUCCACGCCAUCCCCAUCUCGCUAGAGACCUGCACCAAAUCCCAUCCAGCACCGCGCCACCCUUCGGUCCCCGCCCCGCAGUUCUGCAGCCUGAGCGCUUCAGCCGCCUCGCGCUCGAAGCAGAGGAGAGGAGCUCCCUGCCACGAGCCUCUUCAGCGCCGGCAAACCAGUAGGCCGACCCCUUCCUUGGCUCCUGCAGCGUGGAUGCCGGCGGCAAGUGGCCGCCCAUGCCCGGCGGUGGAGAACGCAAAUGGACAAGCGGCGGUGGUGCCCGGUGGUGAAGCAGUUUAAUUAAGGCGCGUGGGUACAAUUGUAACUAAUGCACGGGUGUUUUUGCAAACAGCGAACCAUUUUUUAAUACCCACUUAAAACA